AUGCUAAACCUACACGUUGUGAAUACGGAAUCGUACCAAGUACUCGGCGAGUGUCACAAGUCGGAUGGGGCAGAAAAUCGAGCGGUGAUGACGAAAUUGUGGAGGAAAGUAAACGUAUGGGAAGUGAUCGUAAUCAGAUUGAUCGUGUCUGACAAGCGCAAGGUGUCUGGUGACUUUAUAGGGCCGGACGGCUGCCUCCCACCAUCCAGUGAGUUUCUCCACCCACCACACGCCGUGAUCUAUGGAACAGUUCGUAAUCGCGACCAACACCCGGACGAAAAGAGAGUUUGGAGAAACAACAAGGACCUAGAUAAGAAGAAGUCAGUGUUUUCAGGACAUGAUUCUCAAAUUGAAGAGGUUUUAGACAGUCAAAAGUGCGUUGAUGAUCCUCCAUGUUACAGAAUCUAG